AUGAUCAGAUCCAGAAUACCGUGAGUUUUCUUCUCUAAUUCUCUCCGAAUUCUUCAAUCUCCAAUUCUUUUAGUGCUGAUGAGACAAUAAGUAGUAGCUCGUGUGAUACUAGUUACGAAGAAAUGCCACGUGCAACCGCUGGCUCGAUUUUCGAUGGUUUUAGAAGGAAAGAGAAAAGUAAGAAUACGAGAAAUAGAAAAGGAAAUCUGGCGACAGAAGGAAGUGCAAGAUCAAGAAGAACGAAAAGAGAAAAACGGAAUGCGGAAGCGAAAGAAAAAGAGAAAGACAAGACAAUCGCCGCAGCUCCUGCAGCUCAAAUGCAUCCAGCUGUACAAAAAUGGGUGGAGAGAGCAUUGCAAAUGGGUGUGCCAGCACUUCGUGAUGAAUAUCGCGCACUUGCUAAAUAUACGAUGGAAGGAAUGACGAUGGAGGCAUUUGUUGCCAAUCAGCCGCAGAAUCGUAAUCGUUAUCAGGAUGUUCCGUGUCAGGAUGCGAAACGUGUUGCGUUGAAAUCGCCGCCCGCCGCCUGCGAAUAUGUUCAUGCGAAUUAUGUGGGAACACCGAUGUCGGAUAAACGUUUUAUUUGUGCGCAGGUUGGUUAGAGAAGGGGUUCUGAACCUGAUAGAUGACGUGGAUUCCGGAAAAUUAUAGAUCAGGAAAUUCAAAGCCAAAGCCACGUGGCAAACGCAAACACUGAAAUUCGAAUUCUCAAUUUUCUAGGGUCCUCUCGACAACACAAUCGACGAAUUCUGGUGGCUGGUUUGGCAAGAAAAGGCUGAACAAAUCAUAAUGCUUUGCAAUUGCAUCGAGACGGGAAAAUUCAAAUGUGCCCAAUAUUGGCCAUUGGAAGCAAAAGAAAAACGAGAAGUUGGUGGAGGACAAAUGAUUGUCGAAAAAGUGGAUUGCAAGCCAAUGGAACGCGAACCAACAAUUAUGAUAACCAAUUUGAAAAUGACUGUUGGCUCAGAAACUCGUACAGUUCGACACAUGCAAUGGUUAGAUUGGCCAGAUCGUGGAGUUCCACCUUGUAGAUUAACAAGUAUGGAAUUGUUAUCAUCGGUUCGCGGAUCAAAAGUUCCAAUUGUUGUGCAUUGCUCAGCUGGGAUUGGUAGAACCGGAACAAUUGUAGCCAUCGAAUAUAUUCUCGAAAAAAUUAGUGCUGGAAGUGAUUGUAUGGCAAUGGGUGAAUUGAUGAAGGAAUUGAGAAAUCAGCGAGCUUAUUCGAUUCAAAAUGAUUUGCAAUAUUUGUAUAUUCAUCGUGUAAUGCUUUGCUAUUUUUUGGAGAAAUAUAAGGAUAAAUAUGCGGCACUUUUGACUGAGGAUAAUCAGAACAAAUAUAAGAAAUUUGUCGAGGAAUAUAAUACGGCUGUUGGACAAUAG